AUGGAUCACAACCAAGUGACACCAUUCAGAAUCCCAAGAAGGACGGGCUCUGCAUGGCCAUCUCCACCAGGAGUGGUAAAGUUAUUACUGACCCUUUCUGUAGGUACGAAAAAUGAACAGAUCCUGGAGCAAUUUAGCAGAGAUGAGGAUGAAACUAUACUGGUUGAUGACUUGGAAGAUGCUCAGCCUAAAGCACAACCCGCAUGCCAGGAUAUAUGCCAAGUUCAUGAAAAACUUGGUUACCAAGAAAAGAGUUACUUCGUGAUCUUGGAUUGCAAGGUGGACUUUGAGGUUCCUAUCAUUUUGGGAAGACCAUUUUUGGCAACAGGGAGAGCCUUGGUAUAUGUUGAGAGAGGUGAGCUGAGGUUCAGACUUAACAAGGAUGAGGUAAAGUUCAACAGUUGUAGGUCAAUGAAGCAACCCAAUGAUAUGAAUAUGGUAUCUGCAAUGGAGGUGGUUGAUGAUGAGGACAUGAGGGUACCCAUAAAAGAGAGGAUGGCUGUUGAAACCUUAGCAACAGUGCUGAUGAACUUUGAUGCUGGUUUCCAUUCUGACUACAUAGAGAGCAUUAAUGUUUUGCAGGGUAUGGGAGCACACUCAUAUGCUCUAAAGAAAUUGGACCUGGACUUAAAAAAUAGGACAAGUCCUCCAGCAAAACCAUCCAUCGAGGAGCCAUCGGUGCAGGAGGUGAUCAAGGUGUUGAGAAGGUACAAAAGAGCCAUUGGGUGGACCAUCAAUGAUAUAAUUGGUAUACCUCCGGGUAUACGCACCCACAAGAUUCAGCUUGAGGAGGUCUGCAGCCUAAACAUUGAGCACCAGCGGAGGCUAAACCCACAUAUGCAAAAGGUGGUUAAGAAAGAAAUUAUCAAGUGGUUAGAUGCUGGGGUGGUCUAUCCCAUUUCUGGCAGUCACUGGAUAUCUAUUGCUCCUGAAGAUCAGGAAAAGACCACCUUCACAUUUCCUUAUGGCACCUUUGCAUUUACACGCAUGACAUUUGGACUGUGUUACGUACCAGCAACAUUCCAAAGGUGUAUAAAGUCCAUUUUCUCUGACAUGGUGAAAGACACUUUAGAGGUAUUUAUGGACGAUUUCUCUGUAGUAGGUGAUACUUUUGAUGAUUGUUUGUUAAAUCUUAGCAGGGCUUUACAAAGAUGUGAGAAGGCCAACCUGGUGCUGAAUUGGGAGAAGUGUCAUUUCAUGGGUGUUCACAGCUUCUUAGGAUAUGCCAGAUUCUAUAAGCAUUUCAUCAAGGACUUCUUCAAAAUUGCACAUCCAAUGUGCAAGCUUUUGGAGAAGGAGGUGAAAUUUGUCUUUGAUGAGGCAUGUCUCAAAGCUUUUAAGUUCCUAAAAGAAAAGUUGAUUUCAGCACCAGUGAUUAUUGGUCCAAACUGGGCGAAACCAUUUGAGGUGAUGUGUGAUUCUAACGGGGCUGCGUUAGGAGUUGUGUUGGGACAGAAGCGCAACAACAUGUUCCAUCCAAUUUACUAUGCUAGUAAGUCGCUAAAAGGGGCACAAUGA